AUGGAUGACAGUAUUACAAAAAGUGCUAGUCUUAGUGAUUCACCCUUUUCCGAAAGUAAUAAAAAUUCAAAUUAUCAAAGUAAAUCCAAAAAAACAAAAAAAAAAAAAAAAAACAUUGACUAUGUAAGUGAUAGUAAAAGUUAUACAAACAAAAGUCAAGCAUCAAAGGAGGAUGAACAAAAUGACGAUGAAAGUAAAAGCCUGAAUAACACAAAGCCUAAAGGGAAAACUGCUCGAAGCUCAUCAUACCAUUACAGUGAUGAGGACACUAAAAAAAUUCAAUCCGAUUUACAUGAGAGUUCUCUCUCUAUUUCCUCAUUUAGUGUAAGUAGCAGUAAAUAUGAAGAAAAGAAAAAAAGUAGCAAAAAAACUAAACAAGAGAAAAAUACAACCAAUAAUAAAAAAAAAAAUAAGGGAAAGAAAAAAAAAUACAAAAAUAGUUACACCAGAAGUAGUAGUAAAAGCUACAUAGAUAGCUUUAGUAGUGAUGUGUCCAAUUUGAAACGCAAAGGAAAUAACAAAAAACGAAAAAAAUCAUUAUCAGUUAGUACCAGUAGUAGUAGUAGGUAUAUGCGUUAUGAUAAAUAUGAUAGUAAAAAAAAAAAAAGUAAUAAAAGUAAAGAUGAAUAUAAAAAGAAAAGUGAUAAAAAAAAAAGCAAAAAAAAAAAUGAUUACGACAAAUUAAGUAGCAUUAGUUUGUCAAGCUUUUAUAGUGAUGUGACAAGUUAUAGUGAUAAAUAUGAAACAACCUCAAAGGGAAAGUCAAAGAAAAAGGAUAAAAAUAAAAAAUCGGAAAAAAAUACCAAACUUGAAAAGGAUAGAGAUAAAGACAAAUAUUAUGGCACACGAAAGAGAUAUAGUGAUUCAUAUACAACCAGUAUAGAUUCUCUUAAAUCGGUUAGCUUUGAAAAAAAAAAAAAAAAAUCAGAGAAAAAAUAUGAUAAAAAAAAAUAUAAUAGAGGUUCCUAUAAUUCAAGUGACGAUACACAAAACAAAGCUCGAAAUUAUCGUGAUCGAUAUCUUCAAAAUAGAGAUAUACGUGAAGAUAAGAAAUAUAAGAAAAAGAGAAAAUAUGGGGAAAGAGAUAAAUAUGAAAAAAAAUAUAAAAAUGAUAAUAAAAAUUUAAUAAACAAAUAUGGAAAAAGAAAAUAUAGUACAAGUAGAUCCUUAUCAUAUAGCAAUAGAUAUUCUAUAGAGUCUAAAAAUUAUAAAGGAAAAAGAAGAUCAUUUAGUAGUGAUAUAUUAGAUAGAUCUGAUAUUUCACCAUAUUAUAAUAGACGAGGCGGUAUAAAAAAAAUUCGAAAAAAAAAAAAUAUAAAUAUAAUUACAUCAAAUCAUAGUUUUAGUGAUAACAGUAUAAAUUAUAGAUUUAAAAGAGAUGCAUCACAAGAAAUUUUUUGGAAAAAAAAUAGAAAUACCUAUAGAUAUAAUGAUAAUAUAUCAAUAAAAUAUGAAGGUAAAAAAAAAAAUUAUGAACGUGUUCAUAAUUAUAAUAAUACAAGUUUUGAAAUACUAGGUGUCCAACUUCGUCGUAAUAAAAAUUAUAAUGAAAAUGAAAAUAAAAUAUUUGGACUAACUAAAUAUGAUAGUAAUAAUAAUAUUUCUAAUAGAACUAAUGAUAUUAUUGGAAUAAUAAAUCGUGAAAAAACAUGUCCAUUUCUUUUACGAUUAUUUUAUAAAACAAAUGUUGAAUAUAUUAGUGUUGAUGAUAUUGACCUGAACAAGUCAGGUGUAAAUAAUAACGAAUUGCAAAUAUAUGCAUGGAUAGAUAUAACAAUGCGAGAAAUUGUUACUCUUGUUAAAGAUUUUUAUAAAGAAGGAAGAAAAAGAAAUGCCCAAUGGAUUUUUAAUGGAUAUUCUUGUGAAAAAAAAAAAAUUAAUUUCCUUUCAAAAGUUCAUAGUAUUAAACAUAAUUACAAAGAAGACAAUAAAACAUUACUUUCUCUUAAUUAUGAGAUAGGAGAUAUUAUAUUGUUAUCAAUUAUGUUUGACACAUAA